AUAAUUUCUGCAGUCAGAUUGGAGAUGACCGGCCAAUCUCCUACUGUCACUUCAGCCCCAAUUCUAAAAUGCUAGCCACGGCUUGUUGACCAACCCUGGCUGAGAUGCUUUGCUUUGUGUUUGAUAGGAGUGGGCUCUGCAAGCUCUGGUCUGUCCCUGACUGCAGCCUCCUUCACACUCUUCGAGGCCAUAACACAAAUGUCGGAGCAAUUGUAUUCCAUCCCAAAUCCACUGUUUCCUUGGACCAAAAAGAUGUCAACCUGGCCUCUUGUGCUGCUGAUGGCUCUGUGAAGCUUUGGAGUCUUGACAGUGAUGAACCAGUGGCAGAUAUUGAAGGCCAUACAGUCCGUGUGGCUCGGGUAAUGUGGCAUCCGUCAGGGCGUUUCCUGGGCACAACCUGUUAUGACCGUUCAUGGCGCUUAUGGGAUUUAGAGGCUCAAGAGGAGAUCCUACACCAGGAAGGCCACAGCAUGGGUGUGUAUGACAUUGCCUUCCAUCAAGAUGGCUCUUUGGCUGGCACUGGGGGACUGGAUGCCUUUGGCCGAGUUUGGGACCUACGCACAGGACGCUGCAUUAUGUUCCUAGAAGGCCACCUGAAGGAGAUCUACGGAAUAAGUUUCUCCCCCAAUGGCUACCACAUUGCCACUGGCAGUGGUGACAACACCUGCAAGGUGUGGGAUCUUCGACAGCGACGCUGUGUCUACACCAUCCCCGCCCAUCAGAACUUAGUGACUGGUGUCAAGUUUGAGCCUAUCCAUGGGGACUUCUUGCUCACGGGUGCCUAUGACAACACAGCCAAGAUCUGGACCCACCCAGGCUGGUCCCCACUGAAGACUCUGGCUGGGCAUGAGGGCAAAGUGAUGGGCCUAGACAUUUCUUCUGAUGGGCAGCUCAUAGCCACUUGCUCAUAUGACAGAACCUUCAAGCUCUGGAUGGCAGAGUAGGCAAGACCAUGGGAGGACUCUGACCUUGUGUCUCACUAAGGAGCCAUCUUCCUCAGAGGAAAAGAAUUGUGUUGUGUCUAUCAUGUUUCCUGCCAAAUACCGUGUGUAGGAUUGGAUUUUCACGCCAGCCCCACUUCUGAGUAAGCCAGUCCUUAGGCAGUAGCAAGCCCUUCGUGGUUAGAACGCAGUUCUCAUCUCAGGUUCUGCCGUAAACUAUAGACAUUAUGUAGGUGUCUGCAAAACUUCAACACAUUUGAAUGGCCUCCCUCAGCACUCAGGAUUGUGACUAUUCUUUCAUUUUUAAUUGUUUUUUUAUUUGGCAUUUUGAGACAGAGUCUAUGUAUAGCCCUGACUGUCCUGGAACUUGGUAUAUGUGUCUGGAAGCUUCACAUUGUAAGUGAUCCCCCCGCCCCUGCUGUUCAAGUGAUGGUGUUACAGAAAUGUGCUGUUGUGCCUGGCAGUUGUGUAUUUUAUGCUUGAACUUGGCUCUCUAUAACACGGCGUGUGCUUGGGACUACGUGUGAUUCAGCAAGCAAGAUGGCUGAACUGUAUGAAAUCUCCCCAGUUCCGAGGGCAUGUGCCUGGCAGCAGCUCCUUUCCUGUUCCCAAGAAUAGGACUGGAGCCAUAGACUGCGUCUGUGCGAUGGCUCCACUGUAAAGCUGUCCCUCUUUGGUGGCAUCCACAGAGGAUGUUCACUGCAUCAGGAACUCAGAACUGCACACUGGGCCUUGUGAGAGCUCUUCCUUUUGGCUUUGAAGUUUGGCAUCCUUCGUGAUAAAACAGUCUGGCCAUUGUAUCCAGAUUCAAAGGAGUUUUUUAAAACAAACAUGAUGUAUGUGUUGUACAACCUCCUUCCUGUUGGUUAUUUAAUGGGUGUACUUUAUGUAUUAAAGAACACUUCAUGUCAAAGUAACUGGAAAAAAUUCUAAUUUAUGUUUGGGUGUUCCCAAACAUAAACUCUUUUGUGUAUACACACACAUACACACUUGCUGAGAGUAAACUCUUACUAUAAAACCUCCAA